GUAUUCUCGAACAUCAAGAUGCGGGCAGCAUGGAAUGGCGACGUGUUAGCCGACUAGAUUAUUACACGAGCUGAUUUACACCCAGGACCAACAGGAAGGCAGAAUGAACUGGCACCUUAUUGUGGUGGGAUUUCUUGUCCAUUUGGUACUUUUCUAUUCCAUAUUUGAUAUCUACUUCACAUCUCCAUUGGUGCAUGGCAUGGCACCACAGAUAUCAUCUCUUGCACCACCCGCCAAGAGACUGGUAUUGUUUGUUGCUGAUGGGCUCAGAGCAGAUAAAUUUUAUCAAGUUUAUGAAGAUGGUGAGACAAAGUCACCAUACCUUAGAAAUAUCAUACAGAACAGCGGUACAUGGGGAGUGUCCCAUACCAGAGUUCCAACCGAGUCAAGACCUGGUCAUGUUGCACUGAUUGCUGGAUUCUAUGAAGACGUCAGUGCAGUAGCAAAAGGAUGGAAGGAAAAUCCAGUGGAAUUUGAUUCUGUUUUUAAUCAAAGUAGAUUUACUUGGUCCUGGGGAAGUCCAGAUAUCCUUCCAAUGUUUUCUAAAGGAGCGACUGGUAACCAUGUAUUUACAUCCAUGUACCCUGCUGAGAGUGAAGAUUUUGCAGGAUCAGAUCUGGCUAAGUUAGAUUUAUGGGUCUUUGAUGAAGUUCAGAAUUUCAUACAAAGCGCAAGACAGAAUCAGACGCUAUUGAAUAAGUUGAAAUCAGACAAGGUGGUACUGUUUCUACAUUUACUUGGCCUUGAUACGAAUGGUCACGCUCACAAACCGUACUCAGAUGAAUAUUUAGAGAACAUCAAAGUUGUGGACAGUGGUGUGGAGAAAACUGUGAAACUCUUAGAGGAAUUCUUCGCUGAUGGUCAAACUGCAUAUGUAUUUACCGCUGACCAUGGCAUGACAAACUGGGGGUCUCAUGGUGCAGGCCAUCCAAGUGAGACUCUUACUCCACUGCUGUCAUGGGGUGCUGGAGUUAAUAAAGCACAACAACCAAACUCAGAUGAUUAUCAGGAUGGCUUCCAGCAAGAAUGGAAACUAUCACAUGUGAAGAGGUGUGACGUGAAUCAGGCUGACAUUGCCCCACUCAUGUCAUCUUUGAUAGGAAUUGCGUAUCCUUUGAACUCUGUUGGUAUUCUGCCUUUGGAUUACAUCAACAACACGGAUCAGUAUAAAGCUGAAAACCUUCUGACUAAUGCGUUACAGUUGGUAGCACAGUAUGAGAAAAAGGAGUCCCUAAUGAAAGCUACCACAUUAUCUGUGUUUUUCACACCAUUUAAGCUGUUGAAGUCAAGCAGAAAAGUGGAUAUCUUAAGACAAAUACGAACCCUUAUGAGCAAAGAAGACUAUCAGGCCUCUAUUUUACUGACCAAGAAGUUGAUGUAUCAUAGCUUGGAAGGUUUGAACUACUACCAGACGUACGACAGAUUCUUUCUUGGAACAAGUGUAGUGAUGGGAUACCUUGGCUGGAUGGCAUAUGUUCUUCAGUUGCUUCUACGAGAACAUACAACAAUAACAAUCAUGCAAAAAACAACGUUUAAUAAAUUUACAAAUUCAUCAUUGACUGUACAGAAAGGCCGAAGAAUAAUAUUUAUGACGAUUGGUCUAGUCGUGGCGUUACUAUUGAUGUUACAAAGUUCAAAGUACAUGUAUUAUGUGUAUUGUCUUUUGCCAGUUAUGUUAUGGAACAAAGCAACACAACAUUAUCAAGUGAUCUAUGAUGUCAUUAAUUAUCUUUCACUUAAUCAUUGGUACUUGAUGCUGAUUGGUUACUGUAUUAUUGGUGCAGUCAGUGUUGAAAUAUUGGUUCUAAGUUUUUUCUAUAGAGAACUGAUGUCUGUUGGUUUGUUAGGGAUAGGUUUAUUUCCUCUAAUGACAUCACUGCGACAAUCAAAUAAGUUACUGGUAUUUUUCUGGAUGUUAUCUUGUGGUGUCGUUGCAGUGUUUCCAAUGCUACCAGUAGUUGAACGACAGUCAAAUAUCAACCUUGUUAUGCUGGCUGGAUUUCUUAUGCUUCUGUCAAGUGUUCUCUGUGUGUAUCUCCGACCCUCCCAAGAUAGAACGACAACACUUAUAUUAAUCAUACAGAUCCUCAUUAUUGGUGUUUCCAUGGUGAUCGUUUAUACAACAUCCUCAAGUUUAUCUCGAAAGGAAGGAACACCUUGGUACAACCAAGUUUUGAGUUGGACUAUUUUAUUUACGUCAUUGGUUAUACCAUCGCUGACGUCCAGACUCAUUCUCUCACGAUUAUUACAUUCAGUUUUAUCCCUGGUGGCACCAUUCCUUCUUUUAAGUACUGCUCAUGAAGGUUUGUUUUGCCUCGCUCUGUGUUAUUUGAUGUUUUUCUGGUUAGUCCUGGAGUACAAGCUUUCUAACGACUCACCAUCAAAGUUACAUACCAUGACAUUUGAUGAAGUGCGUAUCAUUGAAGAAACCAACCCACGCUAUUUGCAACUUGCUGAUGUCCGAAGAGGAUUUUUCUUUGUCUUCUUUGUUCUCACUAGUUUUUUUGGCACUGGUAACAUUGCUAGCAUUAACAGUUUUGAUCCUGCAUCAGUUUACUGUUUUUUAACUGUAUUCAAUCCAUUUGUGAUGGGAACUAUGUUACUUUGCAAGAUUAUGAUUCCUAUGAUGAUGGUAACAUGUACAUUUCAUGCCAUUCAUAUCACUCAACAAGUUCCUACAAAAAGUUUAUUCUUGAUUGUACUUUUGAUGUCUGAUCUUAUGGCUCUGCAGUUUUUCUUCAUGGUACGAGACACUGGAAGUUGGUUAGAAAUUGGAACAAGUAUCAGUCAUUACGUCAUUGUGAUGUGCAUGAUACUCUUUAUCAUGCUCCUCCUGGUGGUUGCCAAGUUAUUUACAACUGCUACAUUUCCAUGGAUACAGUGGUUGUCAAGGAAAACUCAUAUCCAAUGAGCACAGGACACUGGUUUUAGCCAACAACACACAUGUAAUUAAUCAAUUGUGAUGAGUUUCCAGUGAGCAAGACGAUGUACAGAAGAUGAUGGCUUUAGAGAAAAAUGGCAUCAAGUAUAAUUUUUAAAUAAUGAGAAAUAAAAAGACACUGCUUUUUUUUAAA